GUCGUCUCCUGCCUACGACUUCGAGGAGAUGACUGCGAGCGAUUUCGACGCUCUGGAUGAGCUGGAGGAGCAACUCUCUCAAAAAAUGCUAUCGCAAGCAAGCUCACAGAAGAAGAUUGAGAGCUACGAGGCGAGGCUGAAGAGAAGUCGUGCUAUUGCGGAAGCGUUGGCAGCAGCCGUCGAUACCAAGGGCCAAGGAGGCGCGAAGGGAGAGACGACGGGAAGUCAAGACAUUGGUUGGAGCUCUCCGCGAUUUGUUCCUCCUGAUCUGCUGCAGUCACACCAGCUUCGCAGAUCUCAACUGGACGAACCUCUCGAAUCUUCCACGGCGCCAACUGGGGUGCACGCAGGAGCCGGGCAUGAAGUGGACAGGGAAAAGGAGGCAUCUGUCCUCCAUCUCGGUUUUUUUUCAGCCGCACGUCUGCCUCAAAACAUUUCCUGCACGAUUCCGAGCCCUUCUCCCGAAGCUGCUUCCGAGAUGAACUACGCCGCUUGGUUACAGUCAGAGUCCAAGGUGCCGACGGAUGUGGGCUUCAGAAGCGCUAAGUCACUUCGUGCUGCAGGACUUGAUUUUGAGGUCGAUGAGUCCUUCGUCGUCGAGAGUGACAAUACCAAUCUGUUCGAGAUCACAGGCAUAGAUGUGGACCUGUCGCAAUCCUUACCCGGUUUCCGCAGUGCUAGGACUAUUUUCCCGCCAAGCCCUCCCAACCACCCCGAGGGGUCUCUUCCUGGCUUUGUUAGUGCAAGGUCAAUUGAAGACUCCGCCAUAAAUCCCCCCGCCG